CCGUAUCGGGUCGUAAACUCUUAAACCCGAAAGACCUGGAUCCGCAACGACCCGGCCCGAACCCAACCCGAGGAUCCGAAUGCCCAUACCUAAUCGUAAUUAAGAAUUUGUGAGCUUCCAGAAUACAAAAUAAACCUAUAUUUUAAUCAUCGCAAUAAACUUGGUCGGCAAAUGUUGUAGAUUUUUCAGUCAUAAUAUUUCAAUGCACUACUUUUUUCUACUCGAUUUUGGAAUGUACAUAUUCUUUUUUCAUAUUUUUUUUUGUUUUGGCUGGUCAAAAUACAUAAAUCAUUAAUAUUUUGUUUUAAUUUUUAAAAUAAAAUGUAUAUUUUUCAGAUUCAUUACUGAAAGCCUGCAUUGUUAAGAGUCUGCAACCACCUCAAAAAAUGUUUUUAACUUUAAUUUAUAUCAAAAAAUCUUAAGCUAUAAAUGUUCCCAGUAAAACUCAAAGUUGAGCGUUUUUGGGUUAGAAAAAAAAGGAUAGUAGCGUAGCAUAUAUGAGUUGAAUCAAAGGCAAGCUUAUUCUUGUCCAAAUCAAACAAGUAAUAAAAAGGGAAUACGAACUCCAGUGAAUCUAUCUAACCUCAGCAUGGAAAAUCAACCAAUGAAAUUUUUUUUUGCCACAUCACACGAAAUCAACAUUAUAAGUCCAUCAUCAACCGGGUUGCUUAAAGGGGUACUUAUUUUAAUUAGGAUUUAAAAAAAAAGAAAGAAAAAUAGGUUUAAUGUGAAGAAGCGAUGCUUAAUCAGGAGUUAGAAGAGCCGGCUCUUCUGGGACACGCGUUCCAUUUUGGAUACAUCUUUCUCUCUCUCUCUCUCUUGACGAAACCUUCAUCAAUCCGCUUCUCUCGAUCUUCCGUGUUGGAUUUGCCGUCUAAAGUUUCUGACUUUCCGACGAGGAAGUAGAGGAGUAAGACGAAGAUCAUAGCAACAAAGCGAAAUUGCUCUCUUCUCUGUAGAUAUUCCCCGAUGGGUUGUUUCGGAAGCAGUAAGAAAUCGAGCAAACGAUCAGAGACUUUGAAAAUCAGGAAGACCCUCGGUGGUACAAGCGAUCAGGCUCAACUCUGUUCAGAUUCCACAAAAGUUAGUCCAUAUCGCGAUGUAAACAAGGAAGGUGUUGUUGGUAAGGAGGAGGAUCAGUUAGCUCUUGACGUGAAGGGUUUGAAUUUAGACGACCGACCCACAGGGAAGAAAGCACAGACCUUCACAUUCGAGGAGCUUAUGGUACAUGGAACUUUAGGUCGGAUUGUUUUCUCGGUGAAGGAGGUUUUGGUAAAGUUUUCAAAGGAACUAUAGAGAAAAUUGAUCAGCUAAACUCUUAUCUUUUUUGAACACGUUGGGUGUGAUUGUUUUCUGAAGAGUAUGGUGAAAAUUAUUUGUGGAUAGGCUGUUGCAAUCAAGCAACUUGACCGUAAUGGUGCUCAAGGAAUCAAGGAGUUUGUGGUUGAGGUGUUGACACUUACUUUGAUUGGAGUAGUGUGAUGAAUGAAGAAGAUAAUAGAGCAUGGUUAUGGAGAGCAAGUCUUUGGUGGUAUAAAGGUGAAAGCCGACAGAGAUGAGUUCUCACCUUAUGCUACUAUGCUUUCUGCUCAAGAUGUCGCUCACAGAUGCAAGGUAAAAGCAAAUUCUCUAUUGCCAAAUUUUUCAUCUAGAAUGUUUUUCAUUGCAUCAUAAAAUAUGAACAAAACUCAGCUCUGAACAGAUUUAUCUUCCUGCUAUAUGACCAUAAGAUUGUCUUGAAUUUUGGUUGCUUGCAAACUCUCUAUUGCCAAUUUUUUUUUAAGAAUCCCUAAAUAAGAAACUUGCAUUGGAGCUAAAAAUCAAGAUGUCUAGAAUUCUUAAUUACAUUUAAAUACUAAAAUAUUCAUUAAGCACCUCUAAUGGGGUUUGUGGGUUAAUCAUGUUCUAAUGAGCCAGUUUCGAGUGACGUGGCCCUUGGUAUUUUCGAUUCCAAUUACUCUUCUUCUAUCUCUACAUCUCCCCGCAUUUAAUCAAUUCACUAUUAAUGGUUCCGAAUCGUAACGAGUCAACGCCUCUGGUGCCCCCAAAUGUGAUAAGCAAAAUCUCCUAUGGGCUCCAUAAUCGUCUAUGCUUCAUUAAGUCGACGUGAAAUGAUGGGAAUGCCCUUCGAGGGUGGGAAAAAAAAUUCGAAUUUGGGGCGGAUGGGUUGAGUCAUCCGGUUUCGGUCGACGGUUUGUAAUUGAGAAUUCAAUUCAAUUGAAACCGAAUUCAAUUGGAAUUCAGAAAAAAAGAAAAUCAAAAAUUAAAAGAAAAAAAUUGUUAUCCCGCAGCUCGAGGAAAGCUCCAGCUCGCAGCUCCUCUCCCUCUCGAGAAGCUCGUUAUUGUCUCUGGUUGGUUCGCAGCUCCCUCCCAGCUACUCUGUUGUCGACGUCGAUGCCUACUCCAGCGACGCCGUCGGACCGCAACGUUUCCACCGGCUAGCAUUCAUUCGGAGAGGUCGUAAUGCAGGUUCGUUAUUCUCUCCUCAGCGAGCUGCAAGAUAUAAAUUGGAUUUAGGGUUUGUAAUUGAAAGUGUUGAAACGGCAUUGAUUCUGGGAUGAUUUGGUUGAUUUGUAUAUGAAAUUGUUAUGCAUGGGGGUGCGUGAAUUGUCUCAAUUGUGAGUAGCUUUGCACAGAGAUCUCUCUGAUCAAUUAAUCGUACAUACAUUGAGUUCUUGUUUAAUCAUUAAGCAUUACUUUGUAUAGCUAGAUAUAACAAGUAGAACUGAUAAUUGUUGUAGAAUAGGUAAAACUUAGUAAAACUGUAGACAACUCGGUAGAACUAAGAAUUACAGGUAUAACUUAAACUUUAUUCUUUUGUUCUUGCAGGAUACAAUGAUGAAAUAUGUGAGCGUCUAUUUCAAAUUCAAAGGGGAGAUCUCUUGUGUAACCUUGAAGACAACAGUGGAGGAUAUAAGUUUGGCAAUGCUAGAAGAAAAGUUGUAUAAAAAGCUUGCGUUGGAUGAAAGUAAGGUAAAACUGGCAUUGAAGUGCAUGCCGAUGGUGUAUGGAUCUGAAGAACAGCAAAUUAUUUGUGAUGAUGAUGAUCUGUUUGGUUUCCUAACAACCGUUGAUAAAGACAACCGUAGAUCUCUCUUGUUAGUGGAGGAGACGAGUAGAUCGGAUCAGUUAGAGAAGGUAUCGAGAGUGGGCAUAAGUUCGUUUGGCAUGAACUACGAAGUGUUGCAGGGAAAUGAUGAUGUUUAUGAUGAAAUCGGACCUAAGGCCAUAACUCUGUAUGUAGAAAAUGGUCAAGUAAAUCAACAGAAGGAGCUGAUAGAUGCAGAGAAUGAUUUUAUGGAUACGGACACCGCAGCUGGGACAAACACUGCAGCAGAGACAAACACUGCAGCGGAAACAGACACUGCAGCGGAGAGAGACACAGCAGCUGAGACGGACACAGCAGCUGAGACGGACACCGCAGCAGAGACGAACACUGCAGGUGAGACGGGUAUGGGUGCAGAUAAGUAUGUUGAGCAGCCACCUAUAAAAAAAUCUAGUCAGGUUAUAGAGGAUUGGGAGGACGGUUUGGGUCUGUUUAAGUAUCAGGAGUUUCCAAGUAAGAAAGCACUUCAAGAGGUGGUCGAUAGAGCUGCAUUUGGUGAAUGCUUUCAUUAUGUUAUCAAAAAGUCGGACCGGAGCCGAUUGGUGUUAAAAUGUUGUGAAGCAACCUGUAAGUGGGGUUUACGAGCUGCAAGGAUUCCACAGACUGAAAUUUUUUCUGUUAGGAGGUACACGGGUGUGUAUACAUGCUCUCGGUCUAAACAAAGUAAAAGCAGCAACAUCAAGAGGAAAGGCUCAGCAGAAUUAGUUGCAACUUUUCUGAAUGAGGAAUAUCCUGGAAAACUGAGUACUCCUGUUCCGAAAGAUAUCAUGGAUUUUAUAAAGUUAAAACUUGGUGUAACAAUAUCCUACUCCACAGCCUUGAGAGAGAAAAAUCUAGCUAUUUCUGAGUUGUGUGGUGGUUCGGAAGAGAGCUACAAGAUGCUAUAUAGCUACUUGUACAUGUUAGAGCAUGUCAACCCGGGAACAAAAACAGGGGUGAAGUUGGAUGAGGCAAAUAAGUUCAAGUACCUCUUCAUAGCUCUGGGAGCUUGUAUUGAAGGUUUUGCAGCCAUGAGGAGGGUGAUAGUUGUGGAUGCCACAUUUUUGAAGAAUGGAUAUGGUGGUGUACUAGUAUUUGCUAAAGCUCAAGAUCCUAAUCGUCACCAUUAUCCGCUUGCGAUUGGUGUACUCGACGGUGAGAAUAAUGCUAGUUGGACAUGGUUUUUCGAGAUGCUCAAAACUGCUAUACCAGACUCUUCUGAAUUAGUUUUUAUGAGCGAUAGAAACCAGAGCCUCAUCGCGGCUGUAGCUAAUGUGUUUCCACAAUCUCACCAUGGCCAUUGUAUAUGGCAUUUGUCUCAGAAUGUGAGAGGGCAUGCUUGUAACACAACCAAAGCCGUAGUCGGAUGGAGAUUUAUGGAGUUGGCUAGGUGUUACACGUUCGCUGAGUUCGAGUCUGCUUAUGCAUCUUUUAAGGUGAAAUAUCCUCCAGCGUACAAGUAUUUGGAGGAGCAUACUGAUAAAAGCACAUGGGCUCGGGUUCAUUUCCCAGGUGUCAGAUACAACUUGGACACUAGCAACAGUGUGGAGUCAAUGAACAGUGUGUUUAAGGACGCCAGGAGGUAUGCUUUAAUACCAUUGUUGGAUACAAUCAUCAAAAAGUUUUCUUACUGGUUUAAUGAACAUCGGAAGGACUCUGUGGCUGGGUCGAUUGAUACCAAACUGGUUCCUCUUGUCGAGAUUCACUUGCAUUAGCUAUGGGGCAAAGCUGAGAAAACACCAGUGCGUGAGCUUAGUAGUUAUGAGCUUGAGUACGAGGUAACCGACACUGAUAAUGGGAAGAAUUAUGUUGUGAACUUGUAACGAAGAGCUGUACCUGGAAGGUGUAUGAUUAUGAAAAGUAUUCUUGUCUGCACAGACUUGCUGCUUACUUAUAUUUCCUUGAGGUUGAAGCUGCUCCUGGUCGUCGACGUGAUAUCAGGAUAGAGUAUCAUGAGUUGUGCUCGAAAUAUUACUGGACGGAACUUUGGGCAUUGGCUUAUUACAAGACCAUUUAUUCUGUGUCGGACAGGUCUGAAUGGAAUGUACCAGAUCACAUCAAAGAGCUUCAGAUCAUACCUCCGGAUCGCCUCAAGAGGAAGGGAAGGAAAAAGAAUAAGAGGAAUCCAUUUGUUGGGGAACGACGUAAAAGGACACAAAACUUAAGGCGACCAAGGCAAACUUUCGGUUUCAGUUGGUUGUUGUUUGGAAUGCGUAGUAGUAAUCCCAGUGAAUCAAACUAGAUCUUUUGUUCGGAUUUUAUGGCUUUUGUGUUGUUUGGUUUUGGUACGUUGCUUUUGGUAUGUUGCUUUUCCCUAUUUUGAAAACAUUGGUAAAACUAAGUAUAUCUUUUGUGGAAUAGACCCGAAUUUUCUCCUUUAAACCUCUAAUAAAUGAAAUAAAUAUUGCUUCUUGUUCACCUUUUCAUUCGAUUUGAUCUCCUCUCUCUCUCUCUCUACUCUCUCUCUCUCUCUCUCGACUCUUCUCCUUCUCGGUACAAAAUAGUGAAGAUGCAAGGAGAUGGUUCGGGAUCGUCAAGGAGAAGGCAAAAUGGUCGGAAAUUGUGUUUAUGUGGCUUAGAGGCAGCCAUAACACAAGCAUGGACAGACAAGAACCCAGGGCGACGAUUUUAUGGUUGUCAGCGUUUUAAGGUAUCCCAUCUGAUUAUAGAACUAGCAAUUAUGAUGGGAAAAUAGCUUUACAAUUGAAAUUAUGGCAGGAGAAAAAUGGAUGCAAGUUCUUCGCAUGGUUUGAUGAAGAGGGCGGGACAUUAUGGAAAAAACGAGCUUUGAUUGAAGCCUGGGAUGAGAUCCGAGAGAAGAGUAGAGUGAUUACGCAGUUAAACGAAACAAUUGCAGAACUGAGAAGCAAUUUGGAGAAGAUAUAAAAUGAAGAGGAAAUUGUUAGAAAGUUUGAAGAAUUCUAUGUUUAAGCGAUCUUACCAUGUAUUCUCUAAGUUUAAGUGUUUGUUUUACAACCUCUUUUUAAGCGUUUUGGCAGUUAUGGUUAAGCGUUUUGGCAGUUAUGGUUAAGAGAUAUAUUGGAAAACCGCGGAAAACUAGUAUAACAAGGUGUAACUAUGAUACAUAAGUCUUAAUACAGAAACACAUUCACCAAAAAUGAUAUAGCAUAUACUGCUUCUGAAAAUAGAUUAGUGAAGAUAACAAAAAUUUACAAACCUCAUAAGAAAAAAACUCAUUGUUUCAUGAGAAAUAGAUCAGUGAAGAUAUGCAUUGUAUAUAGUCUUUCCAAGAGCACUUUGUUAAUAAGAUCAGCUAAUAAAGAAGUAUUCUAUAGUUUUCAUGAUUUCAAAGAUAUUAUUGCACUAAAUUUUUAUACUUACAUGGUAAUGCAGAAAAAUGACAAUUAAAACUUUCUUUACAAAUUAAAAUUAGACGUAAAACUAAAAAAUGUUGAAAUCACGAAAAGUAGAACUAUGAAGAAAAUUGGUAAAACCAGAAACUUCAGUAUAACUAAGAGCAAAUAUUUCGGAGGGAGAAUAAAAAUUAUUCUCGCGCCUAAACGAAAAAAGCCAAAAUUUUCAAUUAUUUGGGUCAAAAAGUAGAUUCCCUCUGCUCUUUUACCUGGUCUCGUCUCAUCUUUUCGUCUCUUUUCCCAUACACUUUUUCACUUCCCCAGCACUCUCUCUCACCAUUCAUACACUCCCUCUUUAUCCAUUCUCUUUCUAUAUUCUCUGAAGCUCCACGGUUUUACUCUUUCCCCUUUACUGAACAUGACUCAUCCGUAUGAAGAGAUGAAGGAGAUAAAGAAGCUGAAGAAACACUACGACAUGUUAGGAUUCGUUUGCGAUGCCCAAUAUGGAAUUCCUACCCGUUGCCCAUGCGGUGGUGAAAUAAUGACGAAUGUUUCUCCAACUCCGAAGUACAAAUCAGAUUUCGAUACCUUGCCUGGGAGUAGGUACUUCACCUGCAAGAAUUAUGAGGUAAUUUCCGCUUAUCUUUCUCUUCGUUGUAAAACUAAGGGAAACUGAGAUAUACUGAUUGAAACUCCGUAAUACUUAGAGAUAUCUGGUUAUACUCUGGGUAUCCCUGGGUGAAACUGUGUUAUACUCUGGGUGAAACUGUGUUAUACUCUGGGUAUCUCUGGGUGAAACUGAGUUACACUCUGGUUGAAACUGACUUACACUCUGGUUGA